GCAGCUGCAGCGCCUGCUGCCCGUCGUGAAGCCCUACACCUGCUCCAGCAACUUCCAGGGUCUGCCCAUGGCGGCCUCGGCGCAGAAGGGUCUCACGUUGGACGACACCACCUUCCUGAACUGCUCGCACCUUCUCCCGCAGCAGUGGCCUCACACGGGUGAGACCGUGCAGGCCCUGCGGCUGUUCAAGUCCUGGGACCCAGCUUGGGACGACAGGGACCGCGAGAACGCGUGGAGCAACAUCGUGGAUUACGUGAACUCAAACAACGCUAAGGUGUUGAUGGGCACCCAGCUCACUUGCAACGAGACCGACGACGAUCGGGAUUGGAAUCUGACGGUCCAGCUGAUGGAGCGCAUCGGCCCCAAGCUCGUGAUGGGGGUCAGCUUCGGCAACGAGCUGGAGCUGCUCCAGUUUAAGGA